GGUCUGCGUGAGCUUUUCAGCCACUCUGCAGACGUCCCGGCUCAGUCCAGCUACUCCAGCCGGGGCCGACUCUCUUUCCUGCGGGAUCGGAGGCAGCAUGGGCGCCCACGGCUCCAACCUGGACGACAUCCUGGAGGAGGACAUGCACCACUGGUACACCAAGUUCAUGAAGGAGUCGCCGUCGGGCCUCAUCACGCUCUUUGAGCUCAAGACCAUGCUGGAGAUGAACGGCAUGACGGAGGAGGCCAGCAGCUACGUGGACCAGGUCUUCUUCACCUUCGACAUGGACGGGGACGGCUACAUCGACUUUGUGGAGUACAUCGCGGCCAUCAGCUUGCUACUCAAAGGAGAAGUUAACCAGAAGCUCAAGUGGUACUUCAAGCUCUUUGACCAGGACGGAAACGGCAAAAUAGACAAGGACGAACUGGAGACCAUAUUUAAGGCCAUUCAAGACAUCACCAGGAGCUACGACAUUCCUCCCGAAGAGAUCGUGACGCUCAUAUAUGAAAGAAUCGACAUCAACGAAGAAGGUGAGCUGACUCUGGAGGAGUUCAUCAGCGGCGCAAGGGAGCAUUCGGACAUCAUGGAGAUGCUCACCAAGAUGAUGGACCUCACUCACGUGCUGGAGAUCAUCAUCAUGGGACAGCAGAAGAAAAGCGUCGCCACAUAGUGAGUCAGACUUUGAGUCGGAGAAGGGAGGGACAGAGCGCUCCCGGAAUGUAAGUCGCAUAGCUGCCGAUGGAACUCUCUCACGGCUGCUUGGAGGCGAGCCUUGUGACAGUUCUACGCCUGCAAGAGGAAGAGAAGAUGGCUGCUAUGUUAGAUGUUACGGAACCAAAACAUGCUGUGAGAUGGUUUACAGCCUUCCAACAUCUCCAGGACUGCUUUGCUCUAAAUUCAAUAUUCUGUCAAUAGAGGAAAUAUGAUUUUUUUUCAUGUUGAUUUUGAAUGGUGUCUGACACAAGAUGGCAGAAGUAACACUCAUCUUCCUUUCAAAGAUUAUCCAGCAAUGAAUGAAUGAAUGAAUGAAUGAAUAUCCAAUCCAGUCUAAUGUUUUUCUUGUUUAGUCUACUGACACAUCAGCCAACUCCAACAUGUUUUUGAAAACAAGAUUUCUGACCUUCUAUCGGAUUGUGCAGAUGUACCUGGUGAAGUGUCCAGUGUGUGUACAACUAAUUGUAUGCAUGUUUCACUGUGUUGCCUUAAAAUGAGACAAAUGUU